GUGACCCAGAACGAUUGACAAUUAGUAGACGUACGUUUAUCAACUACCCGUAUACACACAUCAAACCUCAGUGUCUUCGUCGUAAAACGUUCAUGACUUAUCACAGAUCAUCAUCAGGACAGAUUUCAUUGUGUUUCGAGCUAACCUUUUUAAUGGAUGAAAUAUCAUGGCAGUGUUCACGGGCUGUGAUAGUUAUGUCGGCAUAAACAGCUCAAGAAGUAAACAAAAUCGUGUCAGAUCAGACUGAUGUUUGUGAAUGUGCUGACCAUGGAUUUGUGGAUAUGACGCGAACAAAAUGUUAUGGAGGCAGACUCGGACUCGGAAGAAUUGUACCUCGCUCACCAAGCCGCAGCUAACGGCGAUAACAGCCUGUUGAUUCAGGCUAUACAGAAGGAUCCCAGUGUUAUUGAACAGGAGGACAUAGAUGGAUUUACCCCGUUGUCACAUGCUGUACGUUCGGAACAGCUGGGUGCAGUUAAGCGCCUUAUAAAGAUGGGUGCGGAUGUGAACUCCCGUGAUGGACAAGGCCGCACAUGCCUCUCCACUGCUGCAUAUCAGGGCUGGUAUGAUGGGGUUAUGUACCUCCUGAGGAAAGGUGCCAAACAGAACAUCUCGGACAAGUCUGGGAGGACCCCACUACACGCCUGCACCUAUGAUAAGGACAUAAGGAUUAUUGGUGCCUUGCUGCAGACUCUGAUAGGGCCGGAAGUCAAUCAGCCCGACAACGAGAAAAUGACCCCUUUACACUGGGCGGCCUUCCACGAUAGACCUGAACAUGUACAGAUGUUGAUCAUGCACGGGGGCGACAUGACGUGUCAGGACGUAGACAAUAAAACUGCCCUGCACUGGGCAGCACAGAAAGGAAGUAUUGAAAGCUGUCGUGUGCUUAUACACUGUGCCAAAAACCAGCGGUUUGUCAACAUCCCCGACUCCUCAGGAAAGACAGCAGUUCAUUAUGCUGCUGCUGCUGGAAAUGUGAACAUCCUACAGGAACUUGCCAAACUGACGGGAUGUGAACUGGAGUGUGAGGAUCCCGAUGAUAGGACACCUUUGCACUGGGCCACGGCCAUGGGUCAUGUAAGCUGUGUCUCCCUGCUGCUGCGCCUGAAGGUGAUGCCAAACCCUGUUGACAUUGAGGGUGGUACGCCACUUGAUUAUGCCCAGCAAUCAGGUCACAAAGAAUGCCAAGCUAUGCUAGAAAAGGCAAUGGGAAUAAAACCAAAUUCUGUUAAGGAAUCCAAAGCAAAACCAUGGAAACGAACACUCGACAAUAAUUCAUCUCGGAAGGGAACUGUACGCAAUCCAAUUUGGAAGUUAAAAGAUCUGUUCCGACCCCGUCAUAAAAAGAGCACAGGAACUCCAACUUCAGAUACAACAAACACCAGUGAUUCUAUAGAAAUGAAAACUUUAGUUCCCGAUAGUGCUAGUUCUAGAGACACCAGUGGUAGGUCAAGGGUCAGAAAAAACUCCAUUGAACUUCGAACCCAGAGAUUAACCCACAGGUCAACGCAGGAAAAGACAAUACUCCAUCAUUCACUUGAUCAAAACGAAACAAUUUUCAAUAAUUCUCUAAUACAAAGGGAGACAACUCUCCAUCGUGGUACCAUGCAGAAGCCAGUGGUUAGAAGAACAAUGACUAUCCCUAUUCCUAUAUUAACUGUCAGUCAACCAGAUGACGACGAGAAUAGCAAUGGACGACCUAUAGCAAGUGCAAGGUCACAUCUCAGAAGUUCAAGGUCACUGAGAUCACCAAUGUCCUCACUGGUUGUUGAGCAUGCAAUGAUCCAUCGUGAGAAAGACAGCAGUGAUAGUGACAAUUCUCCCCCUAAGAGCCCCUGGGGCUCUCCUCCCAGGGGCCCUACACCCAGGGGCCCCACACCCAGAGGCUCACCUCCUAAAGACUCUCCUCCGCGGUCAUUAGUUGUUCCGAAAAUAGUGCUUUCCACAGUAACUGAUCUGGAUGCAGAUCUAUCACCAAAACAACGAAGGAAGAAUCGGAAAUCAGCUCGGAAGAGUCCUCGUCCAGAGCCUCUUCACAUCCCUCUACCACAGCCGUACAUGACAACGCAGCCCAUCGGCAUGCCUGUGUCACCAAACUUACCCCCUGUUAUGACCACACGAUUGUCACCUCUCCCUACAAAUAUGUUGGCCCGGCAACCACUGACUAGGAAGAAACAGGAAGACUUGGCACCUCUCCGUAUGCCUCCAUCUCCCAUACCAGUUCCAAUGCGGAUGCCAGCUCCCACCUCACCAGCUGGUUUCCGGGGAAGGCAUGGUGACAGGCAAAGGCGGUCUCCUACUCCUCCACCCACCAUCAAACUCUGGCCAUCCGACGAGAAUAUUCCACAGCAGCCAAGUCCGAAUCUCUCAUCAAGUCCUUUGGUGUUUGAUUCCGAGACAUCGGAGAAGAUAAAGCGAAGUGUGCAACGCCGAUUGAGUGGUUUUAGUGAAAAGAGUGGAAUAUCUCGUAGAUUUAGCGGUCUUAGUGAGGCGUCCCAGUUUUUAACGGUGGAUGAGCGUGACCGGUUCGGAGGCAGUGGACCGGAUCUUUUGUCUUUAUCCUCCGGGUCACGGUUGUCAAUGCAUUCCGGUUCACAACACUCUGGUUCACGGAGCCCUCUUCCCUCAGAAAGGAGUGAUGGAAGAAGCAUACAGUUAACUCCUCUCAAUAACAGCUUUGGUUCAAACUCAAGUGGAACUCUUCUGUGUGCUUCACCUGUCCCCAUGACAACCAUGGAGAAGAAAAGCAUGGAUCGUUCAAUACAGAGUUUACUACAUUAGCUGAUGGAAAUCUUUUCUGUGAUAUUUCAUUUGAAUUUUAGGGGAGGUUAGAAUAUAGUCUAUACCGUAUAACACUGGGGUGAAAUGGGGACUAACUAGUAUGUCCGACAGUCUGAGACUUAAGGAAAGUAGAAUAUAAAAAGAUUUUAAGUUGGGUGUAUUCACAUGAAAGGUUAAAAGGGGAUUACUAUAUACAAUAUUGGUUUGUAGGCAAAUCAGAUGACUGAUAUGAGAUAGUUUAUAUAACUAGAGAUCAUCUUAUAAGCUCAGACUAGCAGAAAUUUCCUUUUAGCCAAGUGGUAGCUUGCCUUGAGAGCAAGAGGUCUUUAGCACCUGAGCGCAUGCAGGCAGGGUAUUAUCUAUUACUUCUUAUUAUGCUAUAACACGUUUGGUUCCGUUAACCGAUAUAAAUGUAAGCUAUAUACCAGGAAUUAGUUUGUUGGAGCUACAGAACAAGUGGGUUGUGGUUGGGGUGAAGACUUUGUGAAGGGUGUAUAGUGUAAAUAUAUGUAGAGAAUACCUUACAAGCUCACUGACUAGCAGGAAUAUUAGUACAAAUGUAGGAUAUCUACUCUACUCACAAAGUGAGAGGUUGUUAGUUUUAGCCCCAUGAUAAGAGAAAUGGGAUAUUCUUAUCAUUUAGGGUUAAGGGGAAAUGUGCAAGACUGUGAUAAACCAGUAUUCAUACAGAAAAAUGGGAGUAUAAAACAGAUCUUGAACAAGAUGUGGAAAUAAAUUGUGAUGUUUUAAUUUCUGUAUUGAUAGGGCCCCGCAUCAAAGAUGUGGGUGCCAACUAGAUAUCUGGUUGUCUGUCUGUCCGUCCAUUUGUCUGUCUGUUUUUUUCCUUUUACACAAUAUUGAUGGAAGUAAAUAGAGUAUGUUUAAUUUUUAAAAUAUUUACAUCAUCCUAAUUUUGUUCUGUAAUUAAGAUUUAAAAUAGAUUCUAAUCGGCUAUAUUGGAUUUUAACAUUAAAAAAUUCAUUUUUGUUUUGCUUUUAAUGGAUAAAUUUUUUGGUAAGACAUAAUGAAGGAAAUUUGGUUAAAAUACGACAAGAAGUCAACUUAUUAAACUGAAAGUCAUCGGAUAAAAGGUAAGAUUUUGUAUCUUUUAACUUCUUAACAUUUUAUUAUAGCAUUAUGAAGCAAAGUUGAUCAUAAUCAUACAAGGUUUCAACUGACCAAUGAUUUAGGUUAUUGGGUCAAAUGUCAAGGUCAAAUUCUAAAUAUCUUUACUGGUUUCUUUUGUAUGUUUUUACAGAGGAACAUUUUGUUAUGACACUAUGAAAUAAAAAUGAUCUGAAAAAAACAUUUAAUCAAAAGUGAAGGUCACUGGAUUAGAGGUCAAGAUCAAAUAUAGUAUCUUUUCACUAAUAAACAUUUCAUGAUGGCAUUACAAAGAAAAAAUUGCUUGAAAUUAAUCAACUGACCUAAUUUCCAGGUUAAAUGUCAAAGUUACUCGGUCAAAAGAUAAAAGGUCAAGGUAAAUUUUAAAUCAUGAUUUUAACUGACCAAUGAUCAAGGUCACGAGGUCAAAUUUCAAGGCCAAUUGGGUCCUAAGGUCGAGGUCAAACUUGACAUCUGACAAUGACCCUGGACUAGAUAAACCAAAUCCAACUUUACGAAUGAGUAUUAUACUGGUAAAUAGAAGGAACAAGGGUGAUAUCAUGCUACAUAUAUAAUGUAUAUUUCACAUUCUACUUGCGAUUGCCUUUGAAGUUCAAAUGUCAAACUGAAACUCAGUGAUAUGGGUUGAUGGCUUCUUGAUAAUUGUGGAGGAUAUUUUAUCAUAUUUUUAUUUCAUAUGCAUGUGUUAUUUGAAUUAAAGACAUUGAUUUCUUCUUUUCUGUGAUAAGUGUUAUGUUGGUAACUUGAUAAGAUUUGACAGACAUUUUUAGAUUUUGACAGACAUUUUUAGUUUUUGACAAAAUUGCUUGUUUUUUUGUUUUUCCUUCACAGCCAAUCUUUUUUGUGAUAUUGUAACGCACAGUUGUGUAUAUAUAUUACUGUCAAGUGCCAGAAAAAGAAUAUUUUGAUAAUUAAUCAGCUGUCAUGAUCACAGGGAAUGGUAGAGAAUUACUGACCUUAACAUGGUAAUCAAACACCAAUUUGUAUUAUAAUAAUGUCAAUAAUUUGCUACCAUUCCCUGUGUUUAGGAUUGUAUUACAGCAGAGAAAACAAGAAAGACAAGAAACUGUUGAAUAACAUGAAUCAAAUGUCAGAUUCCUUCCAUAGAUUUUUCAUAACAUUUUAAAAUGAGUUUUUGUUGUUAACUUCUCCUUAAUAUACUUAUAUAUGAGAGUUAAUCGAUUGAAAAUUUACUUCUAACAUUCUACCAUAUUGAAACAAUUACUGUACAAUUUCACCUAUGUGCCUCAUUCAGAUAAUCAAAAUCUAUUUUUACAAUAUUGCUGUUCUGUUAAACAGUUAAUGUACUUAUGUAAAAUAUUCUAAAUAAACACAAUUUGAACAAUGUCAUUUGUUGAAUUUAGUUUUAAAUAUAAUCUUAUGAAUUUAAUUUUUUAACAUUUUUUUGUCAAGUAAACAAUUCUUUUCGUCAAGAUUCUUAGAGAUUUUAUAAAGCCGUCUCAUUUUUAUAACAAUGAUUUGGGUAUGUACAUUGUACAUGUUUUGGUUAAAUGCUGGAUAUGAUUGUGUUAGUCGAGAGUUUGUUACUAUGGAAACAUGAAUGAUUUUUAUCUAAUGACGAGUUAGUUUCAAAUAUUGCUGUGAUAUACAAUUGUAGUCAUCAAACAGAAUCAUUGUAUUAUCAAUUUGGGAGUGUGCAAUUUUUUCUCGUUUCUAAUCUCAUUCAAUUAAUAUACUUACAUGUAAUGUCUUUCUUAUAUAUUUGUAAAUGAAGUGUUUUAAUCAUUGAAAGUUAAAAUGACUUCUACUCAUCUGCUUUGCUCAUUUGCGGUAUAUAUAUCUGUUUUGUUUUCUCCCCAAUUCAACAGCUAUAUUUGCAUCUCCAUAAAAAAAAUGGGGAUAAUAUAUUUUAUUAGAAUAUGCAGGUAUUGUUUGAUUAUUGAUUAUCAUUGAUUCUGAGUGUUUGCAAUAAAACUAUUUGUAACAUUUUAUUUUCCAUUGAAGUGCUGUUCUGAUGUUUUUAAUUACCCUGGUUUGGUAAAUAAUGCACUCAUGUCAAUUGAAAUUCAGUAAAAUGCUAUAAAAUGUUAUUCCAUUGUCAUGUAAUAAGCCCCCUGCAGUGUCAAAGUUUACAUAUUGCCCCCUGAUCUUAUUGUCAAAGUGGAGAGUAUAAGGUCACCUUACUAACUCUGACUAGUGGGAAUUUCCCCUUUAACCUAGCGGUAAGAUGUUUGCCUUGAGAGCGAGUGCCCUUGUUCAAGCCCCAGUGUGGGUAGGGUAUGAUUUUUCAUUACUUAUUCCUAUAACAGUCUUACAGGAUAAAUAGGAUAAAUACAAACGUAGGUGCAGAGUAUCUUAUUUAGAUGGAAAUUAGCCGACAGUUACUUAAUUAACAGGGAAAUCUUUAUGUUUAGGUACAUUACAGUCUAAAGCUGGCCUUGACGACUACUCUCUAAUUUUGUGUUUUGACCGUCAAGCCACAGAGUUUUUCUUGAUGUAUUGUAAGUUGAAUCAACAUUACUGUGCGUGUUUUUAUUGAAUGAUUGGAAGUUUGUAUGAAUGUAUUUAGAAGCUUAAAGUAUUACUUUACGAUGGAUCUUUUAUCUGUUGUACUGUCUGAAACAAGAUAUUUCCAGCAUCCAUAGUAACCCAAUUAAUAUAAUCCUCAGUUAUAUAGGAUGUAGCUUUACAAGUCAGAUAAAGUUAUGUAUCAUUUAAGCCUGCAGAUAAAGUUCCUGAAGCUGUUUUCAUCAUUAAUGAUGUCAAUGGUAUCUAUAUAUACCACAUGAUGUUGAUGUCUUCUGGAAGGGGCACAGAUAGAAGAAUAGCAGUUGUGAUACAGAAAUUAUUUACAUCAAGGCAUAUACAUGGUCACUGAAAACAGUGUUGCUGCACCUAGUGUCACAGUAUCCAGGUUGUUACAUGAUACAGGUCACAGUGCCAAGGAUUCACAGGACCCAGAUUGUCACAUGACCAAGGUUAUCACAUGACCCAGAUCACAGUGCCAAUAUUUCACAUGAUCCAGGUCACAUUGGGUUCCACAUUACCAGGUCACAAUGUCACAGGACCCAGGAUGUCGAAUGACCAGGUCAUGGUGAUAAGGUUCCACAUUACCCACGCCUCACAUGACCCAGGUUACAUCACCAGGUUUUCACAUGACCUAGGUGUCAGAGUGCCAAUUUGUCACAAGAUCCAGGUCACAGUGCCAAGCUGCCACAUUUCCAAUGCCUCACAUUACCAGGUCACAGUGUCGAGGUGUCACGUGACACAGGUUGUCACAUGAUACAGGUCACAUUACCAAGGUCACAGCAUCAAGGUGUCACAUUACCAAGGUCACAGUGCCAAGGUGUCACAUUACCAAGGUCACAGUGCCAAGGUUUCACAUUACCAAGGUCACAGUGCCAAGGUUUCACAUUACCAAGGUCACAGUGCCAGGGUUUCACAUUACCAAGGUCACAGUGCCAAGGUGUCACAUUACCAAGGUCACAGUGCCAAGGUGUCACAUUACCAAGGUCACAGUGCCAAGGUUUCACAUUACCAAGGUCACAGUGCCAAGGUUUCACAUUACCCAGGUCACAUAGUGCACAGUUGUCAGAGUAACAAGGUGACCAUGUCACCAUACCUACAUGUAGGUGUCUCAGUAAGUUGACAUUGAUUUUCUUCAUUACUUCCCCGAUUGUUUCCUAUCUAUGGCGAGUUUCACAGUGCCUGUAACUAGUUCUUAGUGCCUUUAACGAGUGCCUAUCCUACUACUACAAUGUAUUAGCAACAUAAUCAAAUUCGUGUCAUCAAUCAAUAAAUAUCUACACAACCUCUUUAUGUGCCGUUUUUCUCAAGGAUGUAAUAAUAACAAUUUUGUAAUCAAUAUUAAAAUCUAUGCGAUGUGUUGAGGCUGUUUAAAGAGCAAAAAAACUCAUCAAAACAGAGUACGUAUGUAUUAUGAUAAUAUAUUUGAACAGGGUAAAAUGACAAAAUAUGUUGAAUAUUGCUUAAUCAUUAAUCAAGAAAACAGUUAUAAUACAUGUACAAUGUUUAAUAACAGCAUGGGUUAAUAGUAUAACUAAUCUAUGGAGACUGGGGAUUGUUGCGAGCAUUCUAAGGCUUUCUAUACAAAGAUGUUUUGAUUUCAGUUUCUGGUUCUCCUCUAGUACUUGCAACAAUCCCAUCACGGUUACCUCCCUUGACUUGUUUUUCUUACCAGCACUAGAAAAAGUCACAAUCGAACAUUUUAUGACAAUUUAAAAUUUCUUUUUCUUGACGUAUCAAUUUUGUUACUAAAGACUACAAACUAUGUCCAUCUUAUAGGAUAUGACUUCUGUUAAGUAGUUAUUUAAGUUACAAAUUCAAUUUCAAAUCUUGUGUCAAGAUGAUUUCCAUUCUUUCGACUUCUGCAAGAAAUAUCUGAAAUUGUUUUAUUUUCAGUAUUUUUCAAACAAAUGUUCUGUAAUGAUUAAAUAAUGAAAAUAAAUGAAGUUUACCUAAAAA